AUGGAUGUGGGUGCCAUUGGUUCAGAGUCUGACGGUGGUGUAUUUGCCCAGAGCCGCCUCUCUGAAUUGCUGGCGACACAGCAAGCAAACCUCCCCCAACCCGAGGCCCUAUCCCGUGCAACAAAUAGAAGUCCUUUACACUACUUCCUAGUGGGUGAUGAUGCCUUCCCCCUCCGGAACUAUCUUAUGAAGCCCUACCCCAGAUGGUGCCUGACCAAGGAGGAACGCAUAUACAACUACAGGAUAAGUAGGGCUCGCCGGACUGUGGAGAACGUCAACGCCUUCGGGAUUCUGGCCAACAGAUUCAGAGUAUUCCACAUGGCAAUCUGCCUCAGGCCUGACCGUGCAGAGGCAGUAGUGAUGGCCGCAUGUGUUCUACACAAUCGUAUAAUAAGGUGUAAUUCAUCUAGAACGCAAGGAGAUCAGGAGGCUCCUGUCACACAUGAGCUCAUACCUGGUUCCUGGAGGAAUGACCCGCCCCUAGGAGAUACCUUUGCAUCCAUGACUGGCAAUACUGCAACGAGGAUUGCCAAGGAGCAACGCAACAUCCUUAAAGACUACUUCGCAUCGCCUGAAGGAUCCGUUCAUGGCAAGAGAACAUGA